CCGCCCCGCGCAGGACCGGACCGGACCAGACCGGAGCGGACCGGAGCGGACCGGAGCGGAGCGGAGCGGAGCAUGGGCCGCCCCCGCCUGCCCCCGGCCUUGACCCCGGGCCUGACCCUGAGGCUGAGCCUGAGCCUGGCCGUGUGGGGGGCGGCGCUGGGCGGGCCGAGCCUCUCCCGGGAGCGGGGGGCGGCCCCGGGCCCCCCCCUCCGCCUGGCCGCCGACGCCCGACGCCCGGAGCCCCGGAGCCCCGGCCGCCUCGCGGGGAGAAACGUCUGCGGGGGACAGUGUUGCUCGGGCUGGACGACUGCCAACAGCACCAACCAGUGUAUAAAACCCGUGUGCCAACCGCCCUGCCAGAACAGGGGCUACUGCAGCCGGCCCCAGGUCUGCGUCUGCCGCUCGGGCUUCCGGGGCGCCCGCUGCCAAGAGGUCAUUCCGGAGGAGGAGUACCACCCCCAGGCGGGCCCGCUCCCCUCCCAAACCCCCGGCUGGGAAGGGGCGCGGCCGCCCCCUGGGCGACGGGACCCGCCGGGCCCCGGGGGCCGCGGCCAACGGACCCCGGCCGCCUCUGUCGCAGAAGCUUCCUGGCCGGGGGAGGGGGUAGGAUCCGUGAAGCGGCGGGAGCUCUUCCCGGGAGACGCUCUCGGUUUCGACUCGCGCGACGUAGGGGCCGGACAUCCGCCGGCUCGUCGGGGCGUACGCGCCGGGCGCUCGCCCGGCGGGCGGGUCCGGCCGGGCUCUCUGGCGCUCUCGAGACCCGGAGACCCGGGCGGCCUCUCAGCCCGUGCCCGGACGGUGAUGACGACGAUCCCUGUGACGUCGGUUAAGUGCCUGCUCCGGGCGCGGGGGCGGGGGGGGCGUCCCGCCGGGCGUCGACGUCUGUCCUCCGGUCGCCCCCUCAGGAUCCCGAGCCGGAUCGGUCGCCCCAUCACCUCCCGGCGGCUCCCGGGCUCGCCCCACGCCACCCGGCGUCGCCCGUCCGCCGGCCGGCCGAUCUCCGACGCCCUCCCGGGGGCCCCCGACGUGGAAGGGGGCGACCCGGCCGCCCGGCGAGGGGCCGCCCCGCGGCGCUCCUUCUCCCCCUGGGAGGCCAACGUAACCGAAAAGAUCAGGAAGAUCCAGAUCGUCUUCACCCCCACCGUCUGCAAGCAGACGUGCGGCGACGGACGCUGCACUGACGACUGCGAACGGGGGGACGCCACCACCCUCUACAGCCGAGGGGGGAAAGGAUCCGACCCCGGAACCGGCUUCCGCCUCCUCUUUUGCCAGAUCCCCUGUCUGAACGGGGGCCGCUGCGUCGGGAGGGACGAGUGUCGCUGCCCCUCCAACGCCACCGGGAAGUUCUGCCACCUGCCGACCCCCGGGCCGGGCGCGAGGAGGCCCGGGACGACGCCCCGACGCCCGGCCGUUUCCGGAAGCUCCGCGAAGCAGUCCACCUACACGCUGCCCCUCUCUAACCGGCUGGCCUCGCGGACCCCGUCCCUGGUCAGGGUGCACGUCCGGCACCCGCCCGGGGCCACGGUGCAGGUCCACCGGGUGGCCCGGGUGCGCGGGGAGGCCGAACCCCCCGAAGAGAACAGCGUGGAGGCCAGGCCGCGGCCCUGGCGCCCCGCCGGGGCCCGCGGCCCCUCGGACGGCAACGGCGUCGGCGCCCAGGCCCGGGAGCCGCCGCCCUCGGGUCGUCCUCUGCUGGGGCACUGCUACGUCAACGAGGUCGACGGACAGGUGAGACGGGGGGCUCCGGCCCCUCGGGAGGUGGGGCGGGGGCGGACCGGCGGGGCCGGGAGAAUCCCUCGUGCUCCGGACUCCUUGCCCGAGCCGACUAGCCAAGAGGACUGCUGUGGUGGCCUGGGAGCUUUCUGGGGAGUCGGCGGUUGUUCUCCGUGCCACCCGGGGCCAGCUCACCAAGUGAUCGAAAAUACGCGCACCCAGUGUCCCACGGGGUACAUGAAGUUGAACGAGUCUCACUGUAAAGGCAGGGCCCAGACCCGCCCCGGAUCCCCGGAGGACGAGGUUCCGUUUCCCGUCGGCCCGGGGUGGUCAGGGGAAUAUCAAGAGUGUCACCUGGAGGGCUUCUGCAAGGAGGCUAAGUGCGUGAACACCUGGGGCAGCUACCUGUGGCACCUGCAAGUCGGGCGGCAUGCUGGACCCCUCCGCAGCCGCUGCGUCUGCGACGGGCGAGAGGACCCGGGCGGACCCCCCCGCCCCGAGGGGAAGGAGGCUCGCCGAAGGGUUAGGCGGCGGGGCGGGUGGUUGUCCCCGGCCCAAGGCCCCUCCUCCGUCGCAGCGGACGAAGGCGGUGUCCACGGAGCGGACUGGUGCUUCCGGCCACCGAGGAGGGGGGGCUGCGCCCUGCCGCUCGCCCACAGGAUCACCAAGCAGAUCUGCUGCUGCAGCCGCGUGGGCAAGGGGGGGGCGGGCUGCCACAGGUGCCCCCCGCCCGACUCAGCGGACUUCAGGGAGAUCUGCCCGGCCGGCCCCGGCUACACCUACUCCGGCACGGACAUUCGGCUGGCCCUGAGGAGAACCGGAGAGGAGGAGCAGAAGGAGGAGGAGGAGGAGAAGAAGAAGGAGGAGGAGGAGGGCGAGAGUCUUCUGCCGCCGGAGACCACGGCCUCCGUCGAGGACACGCAAGGUUGGUGUCCCGUCCGCUCUCGACCCGCGUCCUCCCCCGCGAGCACCCCGCCGGCGGGGGACGCGUCCGACCGACGGUCGCGAGCCGGGAAGCCGUCGAGGACUCCGGCCAGACGACCGCGCCCACCGACGGAGCCCCCAGAGCCGGACGGUGUCGCCGCCGCCGGGCCCCGACGUCUGCGGCCCCGGGACUCGCGUCAACCUGCGGACCGUCACAGCUGCGUGCGCGGCCCGGGCUACCGACCGCACGAGAGCCAGACGCGCUGCACGGGUCUCGGGGGCGGGGGGGGCCCCGAGGACCGAGAUGAGUGCGAGCAGCCGGGCGCGUCGGGGGGCCGCUGCAUCAACACGGCCGGAUCGUACCGCUGCGAGUGCGAGCGGGGCUACGGCGCCACUCCGAAGGGCGACUGUGAAGAUGUCGACGAAUGUCGCGGCCGCACCUGUCCCACCGGGAGAUGCGUCAAUUCCCCCGGCUCCUUCCGCUGCCUCGGCUGUGCUAAGGGCUACCGGCCCGUGAGCGGAGGAUGCGUCGACGAGAACGAGUGCCUGGCCAGGGAGGCGUGCCUCCACGGGAAGUGCCUCAAUCUGGAAGGCUCCUUCAGGUGCACCUGUGACCCGGGCUACCGGGAGGCCAAGGACCAACAGAGUUGCCAAGAUGUCGACGAGUGCGCGACCCGGGACGCCUGCCCGUCCGGCCUGUGCAUCAACUCGGAGGGCUCCUACUCCUGCCUGGCCUGCCCCGACGGGUUCGAGGUGCCCGAGGCCAGUUCGGUCUGCACAGGUACGGGCCCCCGGGGCCCCGUCCCACGGGACGAGUGUGCGGAUGCCCAGACCAGCUGCCUGGGAGGAGAGUGCAUCAACAUAGGCUCCUACCUGUGCCGGUGCCCAGAAGGCCAGCAGCUGGCCGCCAACGGCACCGUGUGCGAAGGUGGACGUGGACGAGCGCCUGGGGCGCCCGGGUGCCCGGGCGGCCGCUGCGUCGACACGGACGGCUCCUUCAGGUGUCAGUGCGAGAGCGGCUUCCGGCCUUCCCCCGGGACCGGGGCGUGCCAGGACGUGGACGAGUGUGCGGAGUCCAGGAACGCGGCGUGCGGCGGCUGGAAGUGCGAGAACACCCCGGGCUCCUACCGCUGCGUGACGGGCUGCCAGCCCGGCUUCCACGUGACCCCGGCCGGAGGCUGCGUCGACGUCGACGAAUGCGCCUCCGCGACCCCGUGCGGGAACCACGGCUUCUGUGAGAACACGGACGGCUCCUUCCGGUGCCUGUGCGACCGCGGCUACCAGAACCCCCGCUCGGGCCCGGACUGCGUGGACGUCAACGAGUGCGAGCUGAUGCUGGCGGCGUGCGGGGCGGCGCUGUGCGAGAACGUGGAGGGCUCCUUCCUGUGCCUCUGUGCCAGCGACCUGGAGGAGUACGACGCUCGGCAGGGCCGCUGCCGCCCGCGGGAGGCCCCGGGUGAGGAUCCCGCCCCGCCGCCGGGCCGGGAGGGGUGUUAUUCUGACCGGGGCUGCGCCGGGCUCCUGAGCCAGAACGCCACGCGGGAAGAGUGCUGCUGCACGGGCGCCAGCUGGGGGCACGCCUGCGAGCCCUGCCCGCUCCCGGACUCGGCCCAGUUCGGCGAGACCUGCCCCGGCGGGAAGGGCUACGUCCCCACCGAGGGCGCCUGGGUCUUUGGACACGCCACCUACAUCGACGCGGACGAGUGCGUGAUAUUUGGCCUCGGGCUCUGCCGGGCCGGUCGGUGCUUCAACACGGUGCCCGGGUACACCUGUCUCUGCCACCCCGGCUAUCGCAACAACGCCUCCCACCUGGAGUGCGUGGAUCACGACGAGUGCCGGGACUCGGCCUGCGAGGGCGGCGAGUGCGUGAACACGGCGGGCUCCUUCCACUGCUUCUGCAGCCCCCGCUCGUCUCGACUCCGGCCAGAGGCGCUGCGUCGACGCGCCGCGGGCCCAGAGGACCACUCGGACCCGGACGUCCACGUGGACGUCUGCUGGCACGGUGUCACCGACUACGCCUGCCGGCUGCCGGCGGGGGAGAGACGCACCACCUACACCGAGUGCUGCUGCCAGGGGGGCGAGGCCUGGAGCCAGCAGUGCUCCCUCUGCCCCCCCGCCACCUCCGAGGUCUUCGCCCGGCUGUGCCACGAGGGCAGGGCCGGGGCUGACGUCGCCCACCGGCGGGGUUACGACCCCGCCCCCGGACCCGUCGACCCGAACUACGGGGGCCCCUCGGACAACCGCCCGGGCCCCGGAGCCGGGGACGCCGACGGCCACGCCGGGGCCGGACCGCCGCCUCCGUUCCGGCCCCCGGGGCUCCCGCCCCGCUUCGUGCCCGGGCGGCCAGCGAGGGCAGCGCCGGUGCCGGGCGGGGUCGGGCGGGAGGAGCGGCCGGAGGGACCGGGGGGGGGCGAGCGCCGGGUCGAGGCCGACCGGGCCGCCCCGCCCGUCUCGCCCCCCAGCCCCGCCGGGGUCCGCGGCGGCUUGGAGGGGCCGCGGGCCGAGGAGUGCGGCGUCCUCAACGGCUGCGAGAACGGCCGCUGCGUCCGCGUGCCGGAGGGCUACACCUGCGACUGCUCCGAGGGCUACCGGCUGGACACCGCCCUGCUGGCCUGCGUGGACGUGAACGAGUGCGAGAGCGGCGCCCCGCCCGCCGCGGACCCGUGCGCCCCCGGCCUCUGCGAGAACACGGACGGCUCCUUCCGCUGCCGCUGCCCGCCCGGGUACGUGCCCGCCGCGGCCCCCGCCCGCUGCCUCCCGCGGCACAAGUAGGGGCCGGGCCGGCCC